UAAAAGCACAUUCAUACGUUGUCUCAGUGAGCACGCGUACACAAUUAUCGCGCCAUUAAUAGGUGACCCAGUGAACCAACAAACGUCGAAUUAAAGUAUGCGAAUCCCCGUAAUUUGGAUUUUGUAGUAUAAAACUGCAGCGCUCUUCUCAAUUUGCCACACAGUACUUCCAGACUUUAAGGCAACAGGUGUUACAUACAAAACGUUAAUUUGUCGGAACCCAAAGGCAAUACAUGUGUAGUUGUAAUUUAAGAUUUUAGUAUCGUUUUGUGACGAAGUCAAACCAAAAAUGCAAAGUUUCUAUGAAAACAAACACGUAUUCAUUACCGGCGGAAGUGGUUUCCUGGGAAGAGUAAUCAUCGAGAAGUUGUUGCGGAAAACAGAUGUGAAAUGCAUAUAUAUGCUGAUCCGCGCUAAGCAUGGCACCAAAAGUGAGGAGCGCAUCAAGAAAAUACUCUCCGGACCGCUAUUCGACAAAGUCAGAGAGUUGAAACCGCAGUUGCACACACUCAUCACACCGAUUAAUGGCGAUUGCGCACAACCCAAUUUGGGCAUCUCAGUUGAGGACCGCGAACUCCUAAAGACAAAUGUGGACGUGGUCAUCCACUGCGCAGCCACAAUACGUUUCAAUGAGCCACUAUAUAAUGCACUCAUACUGAAUGUCGGUGCCAUCAAAUACAUGUUGGAUUUAGCCAAAGAAAUGCCGAAACUACAGUCCUUUGUGCACGUCUCCACUGCCUUCUCCAAUUGCAUUUUGCCACACAUAGAGGAAAAAUUCUAUCCGGAAAUUCUUGGCAUCACCGCUAAUAAAGCUCUCAAAAUGGCCGAACACUUGGGACCGGAGCUAACCAACAAUUUGGCUAAGGAAUUGUUACGUGACUUCCCAAACACUUAUACCUUCACGAAAACGCUUGCCGAAGAGCUAAUUUUAAGUGAAGCCUCCACACUGCCGAUUUGCAUCUUCCGUCCUGCCAUCAUUACUUCCACUUAUGCAGAGCCUAUACCCGGUUGGGUGGACAAUUACGCUGGUGCAACGGGUUCUCUAUUUGCUAUGGCUCAGGGUAUGUUGCGUGUUCUCUAUAUACACGUCAAUAAUCCGGCAUUGGUGGUCCCAGUGGACUUUUGUGCAAACACGAUUUUGGCUUGUGGCUAUAAAACGGGGCAACAAGAAAAGGUCGAAAAUGUUAAAAGUGAACCCUUGAUUUACAAUUAUGUGCCGGACGCAAGUAACGUCAUUACUUGGGGCACUUUGGCGGACACCACUCAACACUAUGCAAGGAAGUAUCCCUUCUCGAACAUCCUAUGGUAUCCCUUCACUGUAAAAGUUCAAUCGUUGAGACUCGAGACAAUUCUGUCGUUCUUCUUACACAUUCUUCCAGGCUACUUGCAAGAUAUGCUGCUGCGUCUACGUGGCGAAAAGACAAGAAUGGUGCAUAUGUAUCAAAAGCAAGAUCAGUGCCUGCAAGUCCUGAACUAUUUCAAAACCAAUUUGUGGACGCACAACACAACAAAUACGAAAAACUUGUGGCAAUCUCUCACGCCUGACGAGCAGUCAAAUUUCAAUUUCAACAUGUCUGGUGUAUGUUGGAAACAAUACUGCAAUGACAUCUUGUGCGGAAUUCGUCGGUAUUUGGCUGGCGAAGAUGAGGACACUAUACCGAAGGCGGUGAAGCGUUUCAAAAAGUUUCAAUUUAUGCACCGAUCAAUUGUGGCUUUAAUAGUAACGGGUCUUACGAUGUUCGUAUUUUUUGUGGCAUUUUAUUUCCUAGAGAAACGUUACUUAGAUACCAGCUAUUUUAGAACUAUAAAAACUAUUGCAAAUUAAUAGAUUUUAUUCCAU